AUGACACUCAAAGCUGUUGGCCAUCCAUUCUCUUCUCCUCCACGUCGUGGCCUUUACACUUGCAGAUCGAAGCUCGUGGCCGUCUUCACUACAUCGUCUUCGUCUUCUUCGUUGUGGACUUGCAGAUCGAAGUGUGGGCAGUUGAAUUCCUCCAUCGUCUUCGUCUUCUUUAUCGUGGACUUGCUCGAUCCUCGUCUCUGUCUCGUCGUUCCUCCCUUGCCGGUGCUUAUUGAUAAUAUUAAAGAGUUUGCCCCUAUAAUAUAUACUCCUACAGUUGGAUUAGUUUGCCAAAAUUAUUCUGGGUUAUUUAGACGUCCACAUGGAAUGUAUUUUAGUGCCAAAGAUAAAGAAGAGAUGAUGUCGAUGAUCUAUAACUGGCCAGCUCCCGAGGUAGAUAUGAUUAUGAUUGUCUUGACAAACGGUAGUCGAAUCCUUGGCUUAGGUGACCUUGGAGUUCAGGGCAUUGGAAUACCAAUAGGAAAACUUGACAUUUAUGUUGCUGCUGCCGGUAUCAGCCCGCAAAGAAUACUUCCAGUUAUGCUAGAUGUUGGAACCAGCAAUCAAAAGCUACUUGAAGAUCGUCUUUAUUUAGGACUUCGACAACCAAGGUUGGAAGGUGAAGAGUAUCUAACAAUUGUGGAUGAAUUCAUGGAAGCUGUUCAUGCUCGAUGGCCUAAGGCCAUUGUGCAGUUUGAGGAUUUCCAAAUGAAGUGGGCUUUUGAAACUUUGGAACGAUAUCAUAAAAGGUUUUGCAUGUUUAAUGAUGACCUUCAGGGCACUGCUGGUGUUGCUCUUGCUGGAAUAUUGGGAUCUGUAAGAGCCCAAGGUCGGCCAUUGUCUAAUUUUCUAAAUCAAAGGAUAGUUGUGGUUGGAGCUGGGAGUGCAGGGCUUGGUGUUCUGAAAAUGGCCAUCCAGGCAGUUUCAAAGAUGGCAGGGUGCAGUGAAACAGCUGCCAAAAGUCAAUUCUUUUUGAUUGAUAAAGAUGGUCUUGUCACAACUGAUAGGAAUAAUCUAGAUCCAGCUGCAGCUCCAUUUGCUAAAAACCCAAGAGACCUAGAAGGGCUCACUGAGGGUGCUAGUAUAAUUGAAGUGGUGAAGAAGGUUAGACCACAUGUUCUCCUUGGUUUGUCUGGGGUUGGUGGCAUUUUCAAUGAGGAGGUGCUUAAGGCAAUGAAAGAAUCUGUUUCAACAAAACCUGCCAUCUUUGCCAUGUCUAGCCCUACCAUGAAUGCUGAGUGCACUGCUAUUGAUGCUUUUAAGCAUGCCGGAGGAGAUAUCGUAUUUGGAAGUGGAAGCCCUUUCGAAAAUGUAGAUCUUGGUAAUGGAAAAGUGGGUCAUGUAAAUCAGGCCAACAACAUGUAUUUGUUCCUAGGAAUCGGUCUAGGAUCAAUUUUGUCAGGUGCUCGGCUAAUAACAGAUGGAAUGUUGCAGGCUGCUGCUGAAUGGUAUGCACAUGUUAAUGUGGACUAUUUUUAUUGGCAAAAUCUCUUUAUUUGAUAUUUAUAGUGUUGCAUUCUAGAAUUCGCUAAGCUGCUAAAACCUAAAGCGGUUAAGCAUAUUGUCCUUGUUUUACAUGCUCAAACAUUUAUCUGUUCGCAUUUCUUUGAUGGAUCAAAUCAAAUACUACCAUAUAGGUGUUCAAAACCGAUCAAUCGAACCAACAAAACCGAUCAAUCGAACCAACAAAACCGAGAACCAAAUUAAUCGAAAAAAUCAUGUUUUGUUGUUUUUUAUACGGUUCGGUUCGAUUUUCGGUUCUGACACUGAAAAUCCUAAUCGAACCAAAACGAACCGAUAACUAAAAAACCAUAAAAAACCCAUUAGUUAACCCAACCCACUAGGCAGCCCAAAAGUCCAUUACCCCACGGCCCAUGCCCCCACCCCCAUCAGAUAACCUAGCUUCCCCAUUACCCCACCCCCACGUCUUUCCGCAGCCAAAACUAAAAAAAACCCCAUUACCCUGACUUCCCAACAGCCCCUCCCAUCCAUGCAAAACAGCGCCUCUAGCCCCUUCCAUCCCCAUCGAACAGCGCCUCCCAGCAACCCCUUCCAGCCUUGCCGAAUAGUGCAUCCCAGCCCCUCCCACCAGUAAACCCUAACUCCGUUUAGCCUCUCUCUAGUCUCCAAUCCUCUGAGCUCUCACCACCUCUCCGCGCCGAAAACUCCUCCACCUUUCCCGCUGUUAAUGCCGUCGGACAGCGCCAUCGCGGCGGUGCGGCUCUUUUUUCUCCUUAUCCCUUCGUCGUUGCAGUUCUCUCUCCCCAAGUCCUCCACGCACCAGAGCUGUCGUCCUUCGCGGGUUCGUAGAUACUGUCGUCCUCGCAUUGUAGUCAUCGUAGUAGCCAUUCCUCUGCAUUUAGAAUGGGGAUGCCUCUUAGUUUUCAGGUAAAUUAUUUGUUCUAAAUUUUUAGGAUCUAAUUAGUUGUUCUUAGUUCUAUUUUAAUAAUAGGUUCUAUUUUUAUUUUGCUAUAUGAUUUUUUGUUUCUGAUUUUUGGUUAUGUUCUUUCUAAUUUGUUCUUGCAGUUUUGGUAAUUUGUGGUUCUGUUUGAUCAUUUCUGUUUGAAAAUUUGU